AUGGAUGCGAUUGAUAAACAUUCUCCAACCUAUAUACUAAGAUCCCAUACACAUAGAGUAACAUCAUUGGUUUUAAAUGGAAGUAAUAAAUAUGGACCCGAACCUAUUCUAUUGUCUGGAGAUGAGAAUGGCGCUAUAAUAAUAUGGAAUGUAGUAACUCGUCGACCACUCGACAGGAUUCAAUUACCAUCGGAUGUUCAAGUAAUUGACAUACAUGUUUUGGACGAUAGGAUAAUUGUCCUAUCAAAGGAUCAUUCGUUGAGAAUAUACACAGAUCUAAAGGAAACUUUUGAGAUGAAAGUCAACACUCUGAAUUUCGCCAAUAUUGCAAUAUUUUCUAGUUCCCAAGCUGAAGAGUAUACCAUGGUAUGUUGCAACACUAGUAAUUCGGAAAAUAUUGAUAUUUACAACUUUUUCAAUGGUAAAAUGAAUUCACUAAUUAGAUUAUUUAAUUCAGUUUCCUUCAUGCAUUUUAUUGAAAUGAAUUCGUUGUUGGGUAAAGAUUUUGGAAAAAUGGGUAUUCUAAUGAAGAUUAUUAGAGAUGAUACAAGAAAUAUUUUAUUUUGCGGAUUUGAGGGUGGAUUCGUGAUUGGAUUUAAGAUUGUUAAUACAAAGUUUGCAACAUUAGAAAACAAUUCAUACAUCAAAGUAAUCCUACUAUCAAAAUUUCAUUACCCAAAUCCAAUACUAGAUAUAACGUUAGAUAUUGAAAAUGGUAUUCUAAUAUCUUCUUCAACAGAAAAACAACUCGAGGAAAUCGAUUAUACACAUUGUAACUUAUUUCAGGACACCCAGAAUAUGGACGACUACUUUGUGGACCCAAAUCAGAAUAUUGUAAUGAAUAAAGAACUAUGGAGAGAAUCCUAUCUAUCACAAAUUAUGAAGACAAAUUAUGGAAAAAUAUCUCAUCUUUGUUUAUCGAAGGACCUAUUUGUAUUUUCCACAUGGUCAGGAAAGACAGCGGUAAUGGAUAGGUCGACAAAUGCUGAGAAAUACGUGUUUUGGACAUCCAGAAGUCGAGUAGUUGUCAGCGAAUCAUCACAGGGAAAUAUUGACCCAAGUCGUAGCAAACUUACUAACAAGGAUGUCAAAUUCGAGAAAAUAGGAGCAAUGACUAUAUUUGAUCCAUUUGGAGCCAAUGUAUGCAUUGUACCUCUACAGAAAAAUGGUAUAUACACUAAGGCUAGAAGAUUAGAACAGUACAUCCAUCAAACGUGGUGUUACGUUGGAUAUGGUAAUGGUAACAUUGCGGUAUAUAAAAUAUGA